AUGUCUCCUGCAAAGUCUACCGGGUUAAAGAGAAGCUCGACGGAAGACGGUUCCGUCUCUCCACCGCCUGUAAAGCGAAAAGCACAAUCAUCAAUCACUGAGAAGGCGGUGGCGAGUUUCUUCACGCCAGCAUCGCAGAAAGAGCCCGAGAAGAUUACAUGGCGCAUUGUGCAUGACAGCCUUCUCGUCGGCCGCUACCUGACCGAGCCAGCGCCAACAAAUCGACCGGCACAGCACAGCAGGCGGAAAGUCGCAGCAUUUGACUUUGACUCGACGCUCAUAUCGUCCGCUUCGGGUCUCCGAUUUGCACGGGAUGCAACAGACUGGAAGUGGUGGCAGCCCAGCGUGCUGAGUCGACUGCAAAGCUUACACCAUGAUGGCUACCUUGUCGUCAUCUUGAGCAAUCAGGGCGGCAUUAGCCUCAAGAGUGACUCCAAGUCCCUGAAAAGUGACCUUAAACGACUCGGGGAUUUCAAGCGCAAAGUGACUGCAGUCUUCACCCAACUCGAUCUUCCGAUAAGCAUCUACGCUGCAACCAGUCGAGAUCGUUUCCGCAAGCCGCGCACGGGCAUGUGGGAACAGCUACUUGAGGACUUCCAUCUGACAGCGGCGCAUCAAAUUGAUCUCGAUGCGUCCUUCUUUGUGGGCGACGCCGGAGGUCGUACCGGCUACUCAGGCGGCGGCGUGUCCAAGGAUCAUUCAUGCUGCGACAGAGACUUUGCGACAAACGUGGGCAUAAAGUUUUUGACACCUGAGGAAUACUUUCUGGAAGAGGAGCCGAAGGAUUUUGUCCGAGAGUUCGAUCCUGCCAAGUACCUCAACAAUGGGGCAACAAGCUCUGCAGAUGCCACUUCGGUCAUAUUUUUAAAGGAAAAUCCACUCGACGUUGUCCUUUUUUGUGGUAGCCCAGGAGCGGGCAAAUCCACUUUCUAUUGGAACUACCUCAAGCCGCUUGGAUAUGAGCGGAUCAACCAGGACAUUCUAAAAACACGCGAGAAAUGUCUGAAGAAAGCCGCCGAGCUCGUCAAGGAAGGAACUGCGGUCGUUGUGGAUAACACCAAUCCUGAUCCCGAUACGAGGGCGCACUGGGUAAAGCUGGCGCGAAACUUCAAUGUGCCGAUUCGAUGCAUACAUUUUACAGCAAGCCCAAGGCUUUGCGAACACAACGAUGUGGUCCGAUCACUGAACGCUACCAUGAACCCUGAAAAGAGGGCCAUGUUGCCGAAACUAGCGUUCACGGGAUUCGCCUCAAGGUAUCGGGAGCCAAAACUGGAAGAAGGGUUUCAGGACAUCACGAAGGUGGACUUCACGUUCAAGGGAACACCAGAAGAAGAGAACAUCUGGAGGAAGUUUUGGAUUUAG